UCUCGGAGCAUCCGUCCGUGAGCGCCGCUGCUGGGUGAUGUCUGGGCAGCCGCGGCGGAGGAGUGGGAGAAUCCGCUCUGGACACCACCGCUCUCCGGGAUUACUGUCUACGAGUUGGCUAUAAACAGCUCCGCUUACAUAACAGCGAGUAAUACGAGGUCAGGUCGUCGCGGAGGACUGAACGGGGAAGAGGUGAACCUGAGAGCGCUCACCAUGUCUGUGGUCGGCAUUGACGUGGGUUUCCAGAACUGUUACAUCGCCGUGGCCAGGAGCGGCGGCAUUGAAACCAUCGCCAACGAGUACAGUGACAGAUGCACACCGGCGUGUGUGUCACUGGCCUCCAAAAAUCGCAUGAUUGGAAACGCAGCCAAGAGUCAAAUCAUAACAAACUUCAAAAAUACAGUCCAUGGCUUCAAAAAGUUCCACGGCCGAGCAUUUGAUGACCCGUUUGUCCAAGCGGAGAAACCCAAACUGCCUUACAGCUUACAUAAACUGGACAAUGGAAACACUGGCAUUAAGGUGCGUUAUCUGGAGGAGGACAAAGUGUUCACGUGUGAGCAGAUCACCGGGAUGCUGCUCACCAAGCUGAAGGAGACGUCGGAGAACGCCCUGAAGAAGCCGGUGGUGGACUGUGUCAUCUCAGUCCCGAGCUUUUUCACCGACGCUGAGAGACGAUCGGUGUUUGAUGCCAGUCAGAUCGCAGGGCUGAACUGUCUACGGUUAAUUACCGACACCACUGCAGUGGCUUUGGCUUAUGGGAUCUAUAAACAAGACCUUCCGACACCGGAGGAGAGACCAAGGAAUGUGGUUUUUGUAGACAUGGGACACUCAUCUUUUCAGGUCGCCAUCACUGCUUUCAACAAAGGCAAACUCAAGGUCCUCUCCACGGCGUUCGACCCGUACCUCGGAGGCCGCAAUUUCGACGAGGCGCUGGUAGAUUACUUCUGCGAGGAGUUUAAGAGCAAGUACAAGCUGAACGUGCGCGACAACCCGAGGGCCGUGCUGCGACUGCACCAGGAGUGCGAGAAACUGAAGAAGCUGAUGAGCGCCAACUCCUCGGACCUGCCCCUGAACAUCGAGUGCUUCAUGAACGACAUCGACGUCUCCAGCAGGAUGAACAGGGGACACUUUGAAGAGAUGUGUGCUCAAUAUCUGAUGAGGGUGGAGAUGCCCCUGAAAGUGGCGCUGGAACAAUCAAAGUUGAGCCGGGACGAUAUCUAUGCAGUGGAGAUCGUCGGGGGAGCCACAAGAAUCCCGGCCAUCAAAGAGCGCAUCGCCAAGUUUUUCGGCAAAGACGUCAGCACGACGCUCAACGCAGACGAAGCUGUAGCAAGAGGAUGUGCCCUGCAGUGUGCGAUCUUGUCUCCGGCGUGUAAAGUCCGGGAGUUCUCCAUCACGGACGUGGUUCCGUUCCCCAUCACUCUGCGCUGGAAGUCUCCCACAGAGGACGGCCUGGGAGAGUGCGAGGUGUUCACGAAGAUGCACGCCGCUCCUUUUUCCAAAGUGAUUACCUUUCACAAGAAGGAACCCUUUGACCUUGAAGCCUUCUAUAGCAACCCUCAAGAGCUCCCCUACCCGGACCACCGGAUAGGCUGCUACUCGGUGCAGAACGUGGUCCCUCAGCCGGACGGGGACAGCUCCAAAGUGAAGGUCAAGGUGCGCGUCAAUGUCCACGGCAUCUUCAGCGUGUCCGGCGCCUCCCUGAUCGAGAAGCAGAAGGGAGACGGAGACGACAUGCAGAUCGACUCCGAGCCGAUGGUGCAGAAUGAAGGCAGAGGAGAGGAGCAGAAUAAAAUGCAGGUGGACCCAGAAGGCCCGAGCCAGCAGGAUCAGCAGAGCGAGGAGAACAGCUCCAGCAGCAAGGAGGCUGCAGCGGGGGACAAGCAGGACCCGGCAGCAGGAGGCAGCAAGCCCAAAGUCAAGGUGAAGAGCAUCGAGCUUCCAAUCGUCGUCAGUAACGUCCGGCAGCUCGACAGUGAAGUCCUCACUGGCUUCGUGGAGUACGAGCGUCAGAUGAUCAUUCAGGACAAACUGGUGAAGGAGCUGAACGACGCCAAGAACGCCGUGGAGGAGUAUGUUUAUGAUCUGAGAGACAAGCUGUGCGGGAUGUACGAGAAGUACGUCACCCAGGAUGACAGCGGCCGGCUGUCGCUGAUGCUGGAGGACACGGAGAACUGGCUGUACGAGGACGGAGAGGACCAGCCCAAACAGGUGUACGAGGAGAAGCUGGACGCGCUCAGGAGGCUGGGUCAGCCCAUCUACGACCGGCACAGAGAGCACGAGGACCGGCCGCGGGCGUUUGAAGAGCUGGGAAAGAAGCUGCAGCUCUACAUGAAGUUUGUGGAGUCGUACAAGCAGAAGGACGAACGCUUCCUCCACCUGAGCGCGGAGGAAAUGAGCUCCGUGGAGAAGUGUGUGAGUGAAAACAUGGGCUGGAUGAACAGCCGGAUGAACGCUCAGAGCAAACUGGCUCCAACUCAAGACCCCGUCGUCAAAGUAGCAGACGUCAUCGUCAAAAUCCAGGAACUGGAAAACGUGUGUAACCCAGUGAUCAACAAGCCAAAGCCCUCGCUGGAGGAGGCCCCUGAGGCCAGCGACCAGAGCGCCGAGGCCCAUAACGGCCCGGCGGCGGCGGAGGGGAAGGCCGAGGCCAAGGGAAACCAGCAGACCAAGUCCGGCAAGGAGAUGGAGGUGGACUGAAGACCCGGAGAACGUCUCUCCACUCUCUGCCGCCGCUCGUGUGGAGUCGUUUCUUUCUUUUUUUUUUUUUCUGCGUGCGAGCGCGUGUGUGUUUCAUCCCACUGGACUCUUACCUCUGGAGGUUUCCGUUCUCACGCUUCCAUCCUCGUGUGAUGUGCUUUUUUUUUCUCUCAACGGUUUGACACAGUGAACAAACUAAGGAACGGUGCAGUAGAUUAAAAACUCCUCCCCUGCGCUCUGCGUCCGCUACCAGCUGGAAAUUAGACGAACAGAAACACCAGAUCCUGUCCAGACGGCUGCACAACUAUUAGUUUGUAUGCAACAAUACGAAUGAUAUAUCUACAUAAUAUAUAUAUAUUUGUAUUUAUUGAGGUUAAAGGGACGUCCGUGUCGGAAGCUGUAAAUAGUUUCUUAAAGCGCAGCAGCCAACAUAUCUGUACAUAAACUACACAUUCCCGCUGUUACUAUAGAGGUGCUUGAUAGAUCAGAUUAUUUUGAUAAGUGACCCAUUGCCUGUUUCCCUUUCUUUUCUUUUCUUCUUUAUUUUUACUUUCUGUUUGGGGGGUGGAA